AUGAACUCGAUCUUUCUAACUCUUACAACACUUUUCUGUUUGGCAGUUGUCAUUGAAGCACAGACCUGCUCUUGGACAACUUGGGGAGAAUGGUCAACCUGCAGUGAUACAUGUGGAAACUGCGGAUCUCAACAAAGAACUCGAACUUGCUCCUUAUCCUCCACUACCUGCACAUGCUCAGGUGACUCAAGUCAGCAACAAGUAUGUGCUCCGUCAGUCUGUAAAUUCCCUCGAUCAUCUUGUUGCACUGGAUCACCAGCAUCUGUUGAUGGAAUGUUUGAAUGUGCAUAA